AUUUUUGUGGGGUUUGUAACUAGUAACAACAGUCGUAUUUAUUCUUUCGAGUUUUAUCAAAAGAAAAAACAACUUAAUUUACAUAGAAAUUUGCCAAUAAUGGCCAAGUUUUUUGGUAUAGACAAGCCUCUAAAGUUUCUGUCAUGGAUCCAGAAGAAUGGUGGAUUAUCCCCAACACUUAGAAAAGGAUUUCGUAUGGAUGAAAUGAAGGCUGGAACUUUAGUUGGUGUCGAUAAAUAUGGCAAUAAAUAUUACGAAGAACCUUCACAUUUCUAUGGACGUAACAGAUGGGUUGAGUAUGCUGAAUAUAAAAAUCUGGAAUAUGAUGGCUCACAAAUUCCUGCUGAAUGGUUUGGAUGGAUGCACUAUAAGACGGAUUUACCACCAAAUCGUGAUGGAAAUCGCAAACAAUAUAAAUGGAUGGCUGAUCACUCAGAAAAUUUGUCAGGAACUACAGAUCAAUACUUCCCAUAUUCAACUACAAAACCAAAAGUGGAUGCUUGGGAUCCAAAAAAAUCUGCGUAGAUUCAAUGUUAAUAAUUGUAUAACUUAGAAAAUCACAAAAUGCUGUGGUAAAUAAAUCAGAUAUUUAAAAUCACAGAAAAACGUGGCUCAAUAAUAGGACAUAUAUUGUAAUGAUUAAACAAAUGUCGGAUAAAUAUUAGGUACAGAUUUUUAAAACUUAAUACGAGAUUAUAAUUUUGUAUCUUCGGAUGCUUUUUGUGUUGUUUCGAACGUUUCCUUUCGCUUUAACAGUUUCCAUAAAAAC